UGAUUCGCUAAUGCUUCGCAUGCGGGGAGUAAUCAAGGGUCCCGAAGAUUUAGCACCUCCCUCUCCCACUUCAUCACGUUAAAGUUUUUUUAAAGAGCCGGCACUGCCCCGUUUAACUUGUUAUAGGCGGCGUUAUUCGCUGUACACACGUCGGUAGCUUCGCGUUGAGGUGAAGUUCUUCGGGUGCAACACAAAUCCGAGAAGCUAUCUCACCGACAUGAAGUUGCUCCUGGACGGCUCCCAGUGACUGGACAAUGCCAGCAGAUCUCUAUCACACCCGCUCAGCAAAAUCCAAUCUCACCUUUGCCUCUCCCGCGGCAGCUCGGUGAGACAAGUCGAGUCGGUUUAUUUUUCAUCCUCUAAUCUUCGGGUGGUCCCUUCAUGCGAGGUAACCUCUGGGGAGCAGAGCGAACAUGGGGAUUAGACUGCUUUCCCUCGCUGUGGCCGCGAUGCUCCUGGGUUACUAUGUCUACCUCCCUCUCCCGGAGACAUUGGACGAGAGGUGGAAAGUGAUGGUAGUCGACGCUUGCUUCCGAAGUUUGGAACAUCUGGCAGAGCUGACCGAGUUCAUUGGGCUGAAACACUACAUGGAGGUGAUGAUGCUGCUCACCGUCGCCGAGAUGGUCGGGCCCACGUCUGACAUAAACGUCACUGUAGUGGACACCACCUUCAAUGGGGUAGCUGUUCGCGUCUUUGAGCCGGCCACUCGGAACGCGGGACUGAGGCGGGCAGUCAUUUAUAUGCACGGUGGUGGCUGGUGUUUAGGAAGUGCGAAAAUGCUGCCCUAUGAUGCCCUAUCAAGAAGGAGUGCAACAGAACUGAAUGCAGUUAUUGUUUCAGUGGAAUACCGAUUAGCGCCACAGCAUCAUUUUCCCGACCAGUUCAAUGAUGUCUAUGCUGUGGUGAAGUACUUUCUUCAGCGGGAUGUCUUGGCCCAAUACAUGGUGGACCCAGGCAGAGUUGCUGUAGCUGGAGACAGUGCUGGAGGGAACUUGGCUGCUGCAGUGGCUCAACAGAUCAGAGAAGAGCCUGGGGUUGAAGUUGAAAUCAAGAUUCAAGCCUUGGUGUACCCUGCACUUCAGACCAUCGAUUUCAAUACUCCUUCCUACCAGCAGAACGAGAACAUGCCCAUCCUGCCCAAGAAGCUGAUGGUCAGGUUCUGGAGCGAAUACUUCAGUCCGGACAAGUCACUGCUGAAGGCCAUGGGGGCCAAUGCCCACACUGGCCUUGAAGCCAGAGGCCUGAGCAGCCUGGUGAACUGGAGCGUCCUUCUGCCAGAGAAAUUCAGGAAGGAGUACAAGUACACGCUGCCCGCUCGAGGGAACGAGGGGACCUCCCACGCGAAGGUCCCCGGGGUCUUUGACCCAAGGGCUGCUCCACUCUUGGCCGAGGACAAGGAGCUCCGGGCGCUCCCCCAGGCCCUCAUCAUGACCUGUGAGUUUGACGUCCUGAGAGACGACGGGACCAUGUACGCCACGAGGCUGCAGCAAGCCGGUGUCCAGGUAGCUCUCGAGCACUUUGAGGACUGCUUUCAUGGUGUCUUGAUGUUCAUUACGUGGCCGACCAAUUUCGCCAUUGGCCACAAGCUGAUGGACCGCUACAUUGACUGGCUGCGGGAAAACUUAUAAACACAGCUUUAGUUUUAAUUUUCACUGCCCCUCCCCCACUAUUUACCACCCUACUUCCAUGCCUGUGAAUUAUCAACAAGUGAUUUUGUCUCUUAAUGAUCCACUGGCCUGAUUAUCAUUGAAUUUAAAAUAUCGUUUAACUGAAGAGCUGUUAGUCAGGGAUUAUUAUCACUUGAAUUAAAAUAUUUAAAAGAAGCUUACUAGGUACGGAAGGGUGGGGAGGUUGAUGUUACGUGGCUCAGGAACAGGGGUGCAAACCAGGCCACAGAGUGAAAGAGUCAUACGGCUCAGAAAGAGGCCGUUCAGCCCCAUUGAUCCAUGCUGACCGAGACUCCCAUCCAAGCCAGUCCAUUUCGCCCAUGUUUGGCCCAUAUCAUUCUCAACCUUUCCCAUUUAAAUGUCCCUUUUAAGUGUUGUUACUGUACCUUCCUCAGUCUCUUCCUCUGGGAGCUCAUUCCAUAAACUGAUCACCCACUGGGUAAAAAGCUUUCCCUUCAGGCUUGCAUUAACUCUAUCCCUUCUUGUCUGAAACCUAUAGCCCUAUUUCCCCAGCUGUGGGGAAAAGACUGUGAAGAUUGUCCCUAUCUGUGCUUCUCAUGAUUUUAUACACCUUGAUACGAUCCCCCCCCCCCAUUUCUGUCGCACACUUACUCAUUCUGUUUUCAUAACUCAGUCCCUCAAGACAGCAACAUCCUCCUGACUCUUCUCAGCACUGUUUCAAGCUUUAUGGUAUCUUUCUUAUAGCAGGGUGGCCAACACUGAACACAGUAUUCCAAACGUGGCCUCACUAGUGUCUUGUACAACUACAACAUAAUGUAUCAUCUUCCCAAUUUGCUCUCUCCAAAAUCAUAAAUGGAAGAAGGGUGUUCAUGCCUGCCCUACCAUUCAGUAAGAACACAAGAAACUGGAAGCGGGUGUAGGCCACUCAGCCCUUCAAAUCUGCUCCAUCAUUCAAUAUGAUCAUGGCAGAUUUCUGCUGACCUCAUCUCCUCUUGCGCUAGUUCCUCCCCUCCCCCCCCCACCGUGCCCCAUAACCCUCAACUCCUCGUUUUUUUUCCAGCUAAUUUCACUGCCUUGGUUAGAUAUCUCUUGUUUGUCUAACAAGCAUCUAUCAGGUUCAGACCUGGUAGUAUAAAAGGCAAAAUACUACAGAUGCUAGAAAUCUGAGGUAAAACUGAAAAUGCUGAGUAGGUCAGGCAGCAGUUGUGGAGAGAGAAGCAGUGUCAUCAUGCCAGGUUGGUAACUUGAUAGAAGGUCAUUGACCUGAAACAUUAAUUCUGAUUUUAUCUCCGCAGAUGCUGCCUGACUUACUGAGUAUUUCCAGUAUUUUGUGUUUUAUUUCAGCUUUGAACUUUUCUUUAAUGCCCGGCUUUUUGGGGGAGAGUUAGCAUCCUGUCAUUGCCACUGGAUAACCUGGUUCCAGCUUCAAGCUUCCAUCUCCCUGUCCUUCCAGAGGAGACCUGCCCCCCUUACUGAUUGUCUCAAACAGCAGAUCAUUUCUUAACUUUCCACCCCAAAGGAAUGAAAAGACUUGUCCGAAUCAAUUCAGCUUACUUGCCUAACAAUCUCAUUCAGAAAGUGAUCAUAUCUGCUGUAUCCAUUCCAAAAGCUCACAAGCUGUGAUAUAACCUUCAUGACACUGAGACUUUGAUACCAAAGUGGCUAUGUCAGAGCCGAAAAUUAAUGCAUGCUUAUGACCACAGUUGGGUUGGGAAAGUUGGCAUGUCCACGUUGACACUCACCAGUUUUUAUAGAUGCACAAGAGAAAGCAACCUAUCUUCAUGCAUCAAAACUUGGUGGUCCCCAAACCAGUUGAAUGCCUCGUUGCUCAUGACCCUCUCCUACCAUAACACCAGAAAAUCCAGCCCCUCCCACUAUACAACGCCCACCUAUGCUGUUCAGGUACUGAAAGCCUUUCCACUGUCACUGUACUCCCGAUGAAGGCUAACUGCAAUGGGGUAGUAGUCGAGUUCCAUGUUGUGUAUCAACCCCACUUCUCUAUUGAUAUGCUCUGUGUGUAUAUCUCCUGCCCUAUUUGUAUCACAAUGAAUAAACUGUUGUGUGAAAAGGCCUUUUCUCGGUUCAAACGUCUCCAAUCUUGUUGUUUUCCUGAGAACACAGAUAUGUUAGAGAUUCAGAUUCAGAUUUCUUAUCAUGUGUAGAUCCAAACAUAGAGUGAAAUACACUAUUUGCGUUAGCAACAGGGAUGUGCUGGAGGCACAAUCAGAUUUAAUAUCACUGCCAUAUCUUAUGAAAUCUGCAGUUAUGCGGCAGAAGUACAUUGCAAAAUAUAAUACAGUUUUUAUAAUUAUGUAUGGGUGUUACUUAUUGAAAUAUAGUGCAGAACAGGCUCUUUCAGUCGUUCAAGUUGCACUGCCUAGCAGUCACCUAAUUUAAUCAAGGGACAAUUUACAAUGACCAAUUAACCUAUCAACUGGUAUGUCUUGGGACUGUCGGAGAAAGCCAGAGCACCCGGAGGAAACCCAGCAGUCACAGGGAGAAAAUAAAAACUCCUUACAGGCAGCAGUGGGAAUUGAAUCCGGGUUGCCCGUUACUGCAAAGCUUUGUGCUAACCACUAUGCUACUGUGCUAUCAUUAUCAAAGGGCGUGCAAGAUUCUCCUUCCAUCUGCUAGCCUGUAUGUCACCCUUGUCAAGGUGUAGCACCUGGCUGGCACACCUGAUCAGGUUCAUGUGGAGCCAUAGGAAAUGGUCAUAUAAGCAGGUGGUGCAUAUCACAAGUCCUGGUUAUGUGACCACUGACGCCAAGUGGACAAUCUCUGCAGAACAUGGACAAUGGCCAGGGGCACCUGUUUUGUAAAGACACUGCCCAGAAGAAAGCAAUGGCAAACCAUUUCUGUAGAAAAAUUUGUCAAGAGCUAUUACAGUUAUGGGAAGGCCAUGAUUACCCACAUCA